UCUUGCAUGGUGACUCUGAAGAUACACUGAGUUUAAUACGUAGAGCUGUUUAAAGACCAGAAACCUUUUUUUUUGUGUGUGUGGAGAACAUUGAUAACAUCAUAUUUUUGUUCCUACAUCCUCAUGGAUAGUGUCAUCCUCUGUGUACCGGAGCCAAUAGAACUAUUUUCUCUUAUGCCAGAUGUGAACCCUGCCCUUAGUGACUUAGAGUUGUGAAUGGAGACUGUGAAGCAUCUGGCUCCAGCAAAUGAAGCGUGUAGAUUGUGUGAGGAGGGAGGUCAGAUUCUCCUGCUUUGGCUGCAUCGGAGUUCCAGUGCAACAACUGCUGGAUAUAAACAGCUGCUGAGAUAUCUCAUUUUCCUGUUUCCCACAAAGGAAAAAACAGCAGCUGGGUCUGAGGUGCCUGAGAUGAUUUAAAUGAGUUCCUGGUUAUUUCUACAGAUAUCUUCAGUUUCAUCAACAGAGUGCAAAGUGAGAAGGAAGGACCCUAAACUAUCCAUUUUAUUCAAAAAGACUGUUUCUUACAUUAUUUUUAAUGCUUCUAUCUGGUCCUAGAGGAGAAAAAUAUGUGAAUGCUCCCUGAUGGCAUACAAGAAAUGCCAUCUGGCUGAGAAUUUCUGGGACAGGAAGGUUGCUGGUACAUCAGCAAACCUGUGUUUGAAUCUUCCUCGUCUUGUUUUUUGGUCAUGUGAGAUGAAAAAAGCUUUGGAAAUACCUGUGUUCUGGGACUUCUGCUUUUAUAAUGGCUCUGUUCAGAAGUGCUUUAUCCAGGGACCUCUCAGUGAUGAAGUCACAUUGCUUUUUGACAUCCAUUACAUGUCUUCCUCCUCUGCGGAGAGCGCUGUGCAGUGGAGUUCAGGUUUUGGCAGGAUGAAUAUUUAAACAACAACCUUCAGUCUUGCUUCAAAAUGUCCCUGUGUGCGUCUUCUCACAAGGACUUUUCUCAGUUGCUGCCACUUCAGGAUAUUGGAUGCAAUAAAACAGAAAUUAAAAACUCACCCGCCGGUAUCGUCUCUCCGGUUCCCUACAGCUGUAAUCAGUCCACGUUGACAGCAGCACACAGUCCAGUCUGUAUUCCCUCAGCUUACAUGGAAAACAGACAUGAAUAUUCUGCAAUGGCAUUCUGCAGUCCUGCUGUGAUGAAUUACAACAUUACCAGCAAUUUUGGUGAUUCAGAGAGUGCAUCUGUGAGGCAAACAUCAAGCCCCAAUGUGUUAUGGUCUGCUCCUGACCAUCUCUCCCCUCUGACAUUGCACUGUCAGUCAUCUCUUCUGUAUGCAGAGCAGCCAAAGAGUCCGUGGUGCGAAGCAAGACCGGUGGAGCCAGUGCUACCUGUGACCAGAGAGACGUUAAAAAGAAAAAGUAAUGCCAAUGACUGUACAAGCCCAAUUGCAAAUAAUCCUGGCUCAAAAAGGGAUGCCCACUUCUGUGCAGUCUGCAGUGACUAUGCUUCAGGAUACCACUAUGGGGUCUGGUCGUGUGAAGGCUGCAAAGCGUUCUUUAAAAGAAGUAUUCAAGGACAUAACGAUUACAUCUGCCCAGCUACCAAUCAAUGCACAAUAGACAAAAACAGGCGCAAAAGCUGCCAGGCAUGCCGGCUACGGAAAUGCUAUGAAGUGGGAAUGAUGAAAUGCGGCUCAAGAAGAGAACGUUGUGGAUAUCGGAUCCUGCGUCGCCAUCGUAAUUCAGAAGAUCAGGUGCACUGCAUUGGCAAAGCUAAGAAAUACAGUGAGACAGCGACCCGCGUAAAAGAGAUUCUGCUCAGCACAGUCAGUCCAGAGCAGUUUGUUUUAACACUACUUGAAGCGGAGCCCCCCAACGUGUUGGUGAGUCGUCCCAGCAAACCAUUCACAGAGGCCUCCAUGAUGAUGUCCCUGACAAAACUGGCUGACAAAGAGCUGGUUCACAUGAUUGGUUGGGCCAAAAAAAUUCCUGGUUUCAUUGAUCUCAGCCUUUAUGACCAAGUAAGACUCCUUGAGAGCUGCUGGAUGGAAGUUUUAAUGGUUGGUCUGAUGUGGAGAUCAAUCGACCAUCCUGGGAAAUUAAUUUUUGCACCGGACCUUGUACUAGACAGGGACGAGGGAAAAUGCGUAGAGGGAAUUUUGGAGAUCUUUGAUAUGCUCCUGGCCAUGACCUCAAGGUUCCGAGAGCUGAAACUGCAGCACAAGGAGUAUCUAUGUGUCAAGGCAAUGAUCCUCCUCAAUUCCAGGCCUAUGUCCUGUUGUAAGAAUUUCAUGAAAGACCCAAAGUCUGAAGCUUCUCACAAGGUGGGACUCAUGGCCCAGGCUGUGGGCAUGUUUCCCUUGUCAGCAGAAGAACCUGAAAGCAACAGGAAACUGCAUCACCUGCUUAAUGUAGUCACGGAUGCUUUAGUGUGGGUUAUCGCAAAGAGUGGAAUCCCCUCGCAGCAGCAGACAACUCGUCUGGCCAACUUGUUGAUGCUCCUCUCUCACGUCAGACACGCAAGUAACAAGGGAAUGGAGCAUCUCCUGAGCAUGAAGUGUAAAAAUGUGGUCCCAGUGUAUGACUUGCUGCUGGAGAUGUUGAAUGCGCACACUCUCCGAGGCCAAAGGAAAUCCCCAGUCAUACAUCCCGAAUUUGGCCCAUUAGAACAAAUGGAGACUGGAGACAGUCUGCGAAAUGGGGCAGCCCAGUAAUUCUGUUGAGACCUGGAAAUGUGAAGGUUGUUCAAAGCUGUGGGAGAAAACAAAACUACUGUGAUGGGGCUGCUGAAGUGUGACCUAGUGCGAGCCCUCGUCUCUUCUAGAUUUGCACGUCGGUAUCUCGGGAAAGGCUUGUGGGAUGCACACCUCUGUCCAUGUUUCUGACACUGUAAUAGCUGCACUUUUAUAGUGCCUUUUCUGAGACUCUUCAAAAGCACCUUAUGAAAUUAAGCCUCAGAACAGUACUGCGAGAUAGAGAAUUACUGCCUCUCCUUUUUUAGAGGCAGGUGAACUGAGACAGAGGUUUAAAAGGCCUGGUUUAACAUGACAGAAGUCAACUGUUUCAGGGCAGGAGUCAGCACCUAGGCCUCCAUCUCCCAGACCAAGGCUUUCAAGCGCUGACUAGACAUCUCCUCUUUCAGCGUCAGAUUGUAUGAAAUGUCGAGCAGCAUCGUUUGGGACAGAUCCACUUACCUAUGUGUGCUGGUCCCUGGGGAAUACCUGCUUUGCAGCUGUUCUAAAGUGACGGGAUAUCUGCAGUGUAAAGGAGUUUCUUCUAUUCUUAAAUAUGCAAUGGCUGUAAGAGCCUUUAUUUGAAGGCCAUUCAGGACAGCUUCUAGGGCCGGUUCAGAGCUGCUUCAGAAAGGUUAAACCAAGCUUAAGUAUGUAUGGUGUGAGCCUGUUCUUAACACUCACAUUAUUAUCUAUGUAUAAUUCUUCAGUGCUUUAAACAAUGACCAAAAUGCCUAGAUAUUUCAGUCGAUACUGACCUUUGAAAUGUGUUUUGUCUGUGAGAUUCACAUGUUGUUUUAUAUAUUUAUUAAUGAUGUUAAAUCUAUUCUAAUAUUUAGGUACAAGAGGUUGCUCUGUGAAUGUUAACUGUUUGCAUUUGUAUAUGAGCUGCUAAUCGGGGCAUGUGAAAUCAGCUAGAAACAAACCAUCUUCCCUCCCCUUUUGACUCGUGUGGAAUUAUGUCCUGCCCAGCCGAAACCUCUUGCAGCCGUCUUGCAGGGGGUGAGGCAGUGGCUGGGAACCUGAGCCGGGACCUGCUUUUGCGUGCUGCCCUCCGCUUUGCUGCUUGCUUGUUUUCAAAGCGCAUGGCACCUUACGCUGUGGCUUUCAUGUCUUGUAUAGGAUUCCUCAAAGAGCAGGGGGAUGAUGGUUCUGGCACUUCCUUUGUUUCGCGUGUGUGAUGACUUGUUUGAGUUUCCCUGAAGAUGCGAGUUUGAACCCCCCUGUUGUGCCGAUUUCUGUGUGUGUUUAAGCUGCACUGAGAAAAAAAAACCCAGAGGAAACAGCUUGGCCGAUGACCUCAGUGACAAGCAGGAUGGCAUCACUGCAUCUGGCAGCUGCCAGUAUCGCAUUUUGAUGUGAGCAGGAAUCGCAAUCACUCUAAAUGGAUAUGUUUAAGUAUAAUACGUGUAUGUUCUGGGCAUUUCAGGUAUGGUGAAAUUAAAUUGGCAUCACACCAAAAGUCUAUCUUGAGCCAGUAAGUUUUCUGAGUAUGUCAUUUGCAUACUUUGAAUAUUAGUCAAACCUUUGAUCUUGGUAUUUUUUCAAAGCCAAGAACAAUAUUUUUUAUAGGAGGAGCGUUAAGAGUUUUCAGUGAGUUACACAAAUCUAUUGUCUUGUUUUGAUCUUGUACUAUACCGGAUGCUGCUGCUGGUCUAAAUUUUUACUAGCUACCUUUUUAUUGUUUUUAAGAAAUUGUAAUAUAGCAGUACCCUUUAAAUAAGUGUAAUAUUUACUACAAAAAAAAAGGGGGAAAAUGUGAAUACAGUCUGGAAUUCAUUGGUACUUUCAUUUUGGGGGAAGUCUUGGGCUUGAUCACCUUCUGGCCUCAAUGCCUGUUGUAUUGUUCUUUUUUUUUAAUUUUCCUUAUCCUGUGUAAUCUUUUUGUUUAAUACAGUUUUUCGAAGAAAUGUUUAAGUGGGUUUUUUGUUUGGUUGGUUUGUUUUAGAAGUGCUGAAUUUAUGUGCAACCUUGAAACAAGCCUCUUAAAAAGAAAACAGGAAAGUAGGUAUAAAGCGUAAAAUAAACUUCUAAAUGUAAAUUUGCUCUGGAUUGACUUUGUAAAAGGGUGAUGCUGCAGAUUUGUGCCACGUGUUGUGAUUCAUAUUUGCUGUUACUAGCACAGUGCAACUAGGAAAAUGAUGUGAUUUGUCAGAUUUUUUUGUCUUGUUGAACAUAAUUUUAUUAAAAGUUACUACUAGUGUUUUAAA